GUUUGCUAUUUCCGAGCUGGCUGGGAGGAUCCCAGUCGCAGCAGCCGCAGGCAGCAGCGCGGCAUCGUUGGGUACCAUCGUCACCGCGCUCUCACCGGCAUCCUCUGCCCUUCCCGCUCGGCGACUCGGCCCCACCGGGGCUGCCUGCCCUGCCUUGCCUUGCCUUGCCUUGCCUUGCCUUGCCCUGCCUGCCCUGCCACCCCACCGGCAUCCCACCGCAUCCCGGCAGCCCCCCGGCACGGCCAGGAGCUCAGCCCCACCGGCCAUGGAGCUGCUUUCUACCCCCAAAAAUAUCGAGAUCAACAACAUCACUUGCGAUUCUUUCCGCAUCUCCUGGGCCAUGGAGAAGGGGGACCUGGAGAGGGUCACCCACUACUUCAUCGACCUCAACAAGAAGGAGAACAAGAACUCCAACAAGUUCAAGCAUCGGGACGUCCCCACCAAACUGGUGGCCAAGGCGGUGCCGCUGCCCAUGACGGUGCGGGGACACUGGUUCCUGAGCCCCCGCACCGAGUACAGCGUGGCGGUGCAGACGGCGGUGAAGCAAAGCGACGGAGAGUACUUGGUGUCCGGUUGGAGCGAGACGGUGGAGUUUUGCACCGGGGACUACGCCAAGGAGCACCUGGCCCAGCUGCAGGAGAAAGCCGAGCUGAUCGCCGGCCGCAUGCUGCGUUUCUCCGUCUUCUACCGCAACCAACACAAGGAGUAUUUCCAGCACGUCAGGAUGCACUGCGGGAACGUGAUGAAACCGUCGCUGAAGGACAACAGCGGCAGCCACGGUUCGCCCACCAGCGGCAUGCUGCACGGCAUCUUCUUCAGCUGCAACACCGAAUUCAACACCGGGCAGCCCCCCCAGGACUCGCCCUACGGUCGUUACCGUUUCCAGAUCCCGGCUCAGCGCCUCUUCAACCCCAACACCAACCUCUACUUCGCGGACUUCUACUGCAUGUACACCGCCUACCACUACGUCGUCCUGGUCCUGGCACCCAAGGGUUCCUCGGGGGACCUCUUCUGCCGGGAGCGUCUACCCCAACUGGACAUUUCUUCCAACAAGUUCCUGACGUGCUGCGUGGAGGAAGGCGAGCUGGUGUACCGCCAUGCCCAGGACAGCAUCCUGGAGGUCAUAUACACCGAGCCGGUGGACCUCAGCCUCGGCGUGCUGGGGGAGAUCAGCGGGCACCAGCUGAUGAGCCUCUCCACCGCCAACGCCAAAAAGGACCCCAGCUGCAAGACGUGCAACAUCAGCGUGGGGCGUUAAGGGUGGGAUGCGGGCAGGGCCGGGGAGGGGGACGGGUGCCCGCCGCGGGGGCUUCUCCCACGGACGCUGCUGGGUGGAGGACCCGGAUGGGUGCGGGGGACCCGGCCGGUGUAAAUAGCGGCGUUGCCUGUACCCCCUGCCCGCUCGGGGAAGGAGCCGGUGGGAUGCUCGCCCAGCACGGAGGCAGAGCCCAUGCCGCUCUGUGCCCCGAGGGAGGAAGCCUUCAUCUCCUGGACUGGCUGACAGCAUCAUCCUCGCUGACGUGAGCCCCGCGCUCUGCCCUCCGCCGCGCAGCCGCUGCGGGACCCCCUUCCCCUCCGGCAUCCCCCGCAUCCCCCCGGCCCCCCGCUCCAAGGCUCGCCCCCCCACCCCCGCCGGCGACACGGCUCCCGGGGAGCCCCGGCCCUGCCAACCGGGACUGGGGCUCCCCGGCCACCCCAGGGGGGUUUGGCGGAGAGGCUGGAAGCACCCCCCCCCCCCCAGGUUUUGAACUGCUCCCAGGGAUGGAGGGGUGCUCGGGCAGGGACCCCCCGCUCCCGCCGGCGCCGCUUCGGGGCUGCAGUCGUGGUGCGCGUGUCCGCAGUGGUGUGGGGGACGCCGUGGCAUCCCCCCUGUGUCGUGCAGCGCUGUGCCGUGUUCGCUCUCUGCUCUAGCCGUCGCUGUGCCGCCCGAAUCCCCGGCCCCAGGAGGCAGCCGGAGGAGCCGGGGUGGGGGAGCGGACCUAACACCCCCCCCCCAACCCCAUCUCCCCCCUCCGCCGCCCCCCGCAUGAGCCGUCGGCAGCAUGGCGCUUGCGUGCCAGCCCCCGUGGGCUGCCCGCUUCCCAUUUCUGUGUAUCCGAUGCACGCUGUAACGGUAGAAGAGAACAACCCCCCCCCAGUCUGUCGUCCCC